CAUACAUAUGCUUUCAUUUUCCUUUCACAAUAAUAAAAAGGAAAAUAAUAAAACAAAAAAUAAAAACUCCCAGAGAGCUGUGAAAACCAACAUUCCUAUAUGGUGGCAUGUUGCCAGGUGGCCAUCGCCGUCGAUAUGAGCCGCUGUGCCGCUUCACCUCCCAAUCUGUGCCCCCUCCAGUUCUCAGGUAGCCCCGCCAAGCUAUUCGGAUUCGGGUUCGACAUUCAGAAGAAGAGGCGGCUCAAGUUCGUCGUCAGUGCGGAGCUGUCCAAGCCAUUCUCUCUCAGUUUCGGCUUGGACUCUCAGGGCUAUCAGCUUCAUGAUCCGUCGCAGUCGCGGAGGAUUGGCCCUGUUCCUGGGGAUAUUGCAGAAAUUGAAGCCUAUUGUAGAAUUUUUCGAAGUGCUGAACGACUACAUACUGCAUUGAUGGAGACCUUGUGCAAUCCGGUGACCGGAGUAUGCAGUGUUUAUUAUGACUUCCCAUCGGAGGAAAAGCCGCUCUUGGAGGAUAAGAUUGUGUCUGUGAUUGGUUGCAUGAUGUCACUGUUGAACAAAGCAAGGGAGGAUGUGCUUUCGGGAAGAUCAGCCAUUAUGAGCUCCUUUCGGGGAGUUGUGGAUGUCGGUGUGGUGGAGGAAGACAUGCUUCCUCCGCUUGCUGUUUUCAGGAGUGAGCUGAAGAGGUGCUGCGAGAGCUUGCACGUUGCGCUUGAGGACUGGUUGAUGCCUGGGGAUGAGCAGAGCUUGGAUGUGUGGAGGAAGCUUCAGAGGCUGAAGAAUGUGUGUUAUGAUUCCGGUUUUCCACGCGAGGAGGAUUAUCCGUGCAAUACGCUUUUUGCUAAUUGGACUCCUGUUUACUUAUCCUCUUCUAAAGAGGAUGUUAGGUCCGAAGAUUCGGAGGUAGCGUUUUGGAGGGGUGGCCAGGUAACAGAAGAAGGUCUGGAGUGGUUACUGGAGAGAGGAUUUAAAACUAUUGUUGAUCUUAGGGCAGAGAUUGUAAAAGACAAUAUUUAUCAGGCAGCCGUGGAUGAUGCUAUUGCAUCAGGGAAGGUGGAAUUGAUCAGAAUUCCACUUGAAGUUGGGACUGCACCUUCAAUGGAGCAGGUUGAGAAAUUAGCAAGUUUGGUUUCAGAUUGCAGCAAAAAGCCAAUCUAUCUUCAUAGCAAGGAAGGUCUCUGGAGAACAUCUGCCAUGGUUUCCAGAUGGAGGCAGCACUUGACUCGCCGUGCUGUUCAGUUUGUCUCCAAGCAGUCGGUUUCUCUUAAUGGAGAAGUUGAAAAACCCUCAACUAUGCAGAAAAGUUCCCUCCUUGAAAAGAAGAACGAGUCACUGGACACAAUUCAUGGUUCAAAUGGGGUGCUACAAAAAAAUGAUUCUGUAGACAGGGAUGAAGCAAAUCUAAAUGGGACCUGCAACAGCCUUAUAUCUAUCCAAGGUUUGAGAUCAGUUGAAUCAGAUGAAAGUGAACCUUUGGUGAACUUCUGCAGGGAAGUUGACCCCCUGAAUGCUCAGGUUCCUCCUUGCAAUAUUUUCUCAAGAAAAGAAAUGUCCAGGUUUCUUGAGAGAGAAAAUAUUGCACCACUCACUUACUUUAAUUAUCAGUUAAAUAGGUUGAAGGUAUUACCAAUUUCCAGGUAUAUGAAUACUAAGAUAAUGUGGAGAGGUGAGAUUGUUGAUACUGAUCCAGUGCGGGAGGUUGUGGAGGCAGAAAAUUCCAAUGAGAUACCUGAUGCAAAACAUCUGCUUCCAGAGUUCCAGAUCUCUGCUUCUGGCAAUGGGAAGUAUUUGACCGGUGUUGGUAAUGGUUCUGUAACUGCAGUUGUAAAUGGAUUUGGUGAAGGGGAGAAAGGUUCCUUGUUAGCCGCUAAUUUAUCUACUAACGCGAGCAACAAUCAUUCUAAAGCAGUGAAGGAGGAAAGGAAGAGUAAUGGUAGAGCCCCUUUAGUUUCAAGUGAUGAUGAAUUGGGAUCAAUUGAAGGAGAUAUGUGUGCUUCUGCAACUGGGGUUGUAAGGGUGCAGUCAAGAAAGAAAGCAGAGAUGUUUUUAGUACGAACAGAUGGAUUCUCUUGUACCCGAGAAAAAGUGACAGAAUCCUCCCUGGCCUUCACUCAUCCAAGUACUCAGCAACAAAUGCUUAUGUGGAAAUCUACACCAAAGACAGUAUUAGUGUUAAAGAAGCUUGGGCAUGAGCUUAUGGAACAAGCUAAAGAGGUUGUCUCCUUCUUGUAUUACCAAGAGAAAAUGAAUGUUCUGGUGGAACCUGACGUGCAUGAUGUAUUUGCUAGAAUCCCAGGUUUUGGAUUUGUUCAGACCUUCUACACCCAAGAUACCGGUGAUCUGCAUGAGAGGGUUGAUUUUGUGGCAUGUCUGGGAGGGGAUGGGGUAAUACUCCAUGCUUCAAAUCUAUUCAAAGGUGCUGUUCCCCCCAUCGUAUCAUUUAAUCUUGGAUCUCUUGGAUUUUUGACUUCCCAUACUUUUGAUGACUACAGGCAGGACUUAAGACAGGUUAUCCAUGGAAAUAACACAAGUGAUGGUGUUUAUAUAACUCUCAGAAUGCGUCUCAGGUGUGAAAUUUUUCGAAAUGGUAAAGCGAUGCCUGGAAAGGUAUUUGAUGUUUUGAAUGAAAUAGUUGUUGAUCGAGGUUCGAAUCCGUACCUUUCUAAGAUUGAAUGUUAUGAACGUGACCAGCUUAUAACCAAGGUCCAAGGUGAUGGUGUCAUUGUAGCCACACCUACAGGAAGUACUGCUUAUUCUACAGCUGCAGGAGGUUCCAUGGUGCAUCCAAAUGUUCCUUGCAUGUUAUUUACGCCAAUCUGCCCACACUCCCUCUCAUUUAGACCAGUUAUACUUCCAGAUUCUGCAAGCCUUGAAUUAAAGAUUCCAGAGGAUGCUCGAAGCAAUGCCUGGGUUUCUUUUGAUGGGAAGAGAAGGCAGCAGCUCUCAAGGGGAGACUCUGUUCGAAUAGCUAUGAGCCAACACCCACUUCCAACAGUCAACAAGCGUGACCAAACAGGGGACUGGUUUCGAAGCUUGAUUCGUUGCCUAAAUUGGAAUGAGAGGCUAGAUCAAAAGGCCCUUUGAAACCAAGGACUCUGUAUCCUGUCGUACAUAUUGUAAAUUAGAACAAAUCAAACUUAGAGUAAAUAUAUUCUUUCACAAAUGCUCCCCACAAGAGGGUAGAAUUUUACGUAUACAGUAUAUACUGUGUUCUUCUCUCUUGUUAACGAUGUAUUUGUACACCAUAAUUAUAGAGAAAUAAAAUUAUACUUUGCAAA